AUGACAGAGAAACAGAUUAUAAGCAGAUUUCCAAAGCGGAUUCAGGAGUUUAUUAGACUAUGGAGAUAUUAUUUUCCUUGUGAUAGGAUUCUGGCCCAAAGAAUAUUCAAAUCAACAGUAAAUAGCACUGUAGCAUUUAUUUUUACUCUGAUACCAGAAGUGAGAGCUCAUUUAGGUACUGAACCUGCGAUGCUUCCGUUAAUUUCAGUUAUGGUUCAUCCAGGUAGAAGAGUUAGUGGUACAAUACAAGGUGCCAUAUAUUGCAUAACAGGUCUAAUUUUUGGACUUGCUUACUCUAUAUUCGGUCGAUAUUUAGCACAAAAAUGUCUCGGAGAUUCCUGGAAUAAAUUAACAGAAGUAGAACAAUAUCAGCAAAAUUUUAAGAGGUUCGAAGCUGGUCUCGCUAUCAUGGCGUGUUUUGAAACAGUAAUGUUAUUUUUCCAUGGAUGGAUGAGAUCUGUAUCUCACCAUUAUUUUGGUAUUGUGUUUCCCUUAUUCUUAGUGACACAUUUCGCAUUGAUGGCCUCAUUAACAGAGUCCCCAGGGGUCAUCGCAAAUUCUUUUGCAACACCUUUUUAUUUGGGGAUAGCAAUGUCAAUAUUUUGGAAUCUUCUAUUGUUUCCAGAAUUUGGUAGUACAUAUUUAGGUACGGCUACUAUUAAGGCUAUGAAUGAAUUACAUAAAGAUAUUGAUGCUGCAAUUAAUUUUUUCGUCUCUGUUAGUCAUUCAUCUGAUGAAAAAGAUAAUAGUGAUUUAUCUUCAAAAAGUAAUCUUUAUGCAAAGCCUAUUACUACAUUGUCAAGAUUAUUGAAAUUUAAGACAACUAUGUCAAAACAUUUAAGUACUUGUGAAGCUGUCUUACAAGAAUGUAUCUAUGAAAUAUCAUAUUCAUAUGUAUCUCCAAAGAGUCUUGAGACUCCUAUCUCUUUAUUCAAAGAUUUAUCUAUUUUCACAAAUGGUAUUAUUAAUGCCUGUCAAUUGCAGUUUAUUGUAUUAGGGAGAUCAGAGAAUUUAGUUGAUGUAUCUAUGGAUAUUUCACCUGAUAAAGAAGUAUCAUAUGCUGACUCAACUAAAUUAUUGCAAAUUUUAGAUACUUUAAAAGUACCUAUACAUGAUUUACAUCAAACAUUAAGUGAAACUAUGUAUAAGAUUAACGUUACAUUGGCAUACGCUUAUGAUGUUGAUGUUAAAGAUGCUUAUUAUCCAACAAUAUUUAAUGACUUAGGUAUCAAAAAUAUGGAAAAUAAACAGGAUAUACCCGUAGAUUUUGAUUUUUCUAGCAACAUCGCCUUAUUAGAGGAGGCAUCUAAACGAUUCAAUGAAACCUUUAAGGAACAAUUACUUAAAUUCGAUAAGGAUGCUAUUGACCCUAGUGAUGAGAUGUUCAUUUUAUCAUCCUUCUUGAUGAAUUUUAAAGAAUCAAUAUCAGCUGUAUCUUCAAUUGCAAAACAGAUUCAGGAAAUAUAUGAAUAUCGAAGAUCACAGGAAAAGAAAGGUUUUAUUAGAGGGAAAAGAAUUUGGUUCAAUUUUUUGACCAGUUUCGCGUCUUUUAAAGAAUGGAUGAUUGGUAAUUCAUUAUCGUUUACUGAGGGAGAAGCAUUAAAUGGUGUUAUCCAUGGUAAUACGUUUGAACAACAGCCAGAGCUGGUGACGAGACGUCCAAAUAUCCAGGAAGAGGAUUUAUUGCAACAACGUAAGAAGGAUUAUCAACAAAGUGAUGAAAUAAAUAACAGCAAUUUAACUCUUCCUGUAAUAAAUCCUUCUAAUGGGCAGCCUCUAUUUGCCAAAGAAUCAGAUAAACCGUUUAGUGUCACUGCACGGAUACGAUCAUAUAUGACGUGGUGUAAUAUGUUCUACAAAAGAUAUAAGGCACACUUCCGUUUUGGGACACAAGUUGCCGUUGCCUUACAACUGGCAUCUUUUCCAAUGUUUGUUCCAAAACUCAGACAUUGGUAUAUUAAUUAUCGUGGUACCUGGGUUGGUUUCGUGUGUAUUUUAUGUUUAGAACCUUCAGUCGGGGGGACAUUUUGGGUUUUCUUUCUGAGAGCUGUGGGGGUUGUCUUGGGUGCUCUGUGGGGCCUAGUCUCCUAUUAUUCAGGCCAAAAUCAAAGUAACCCAUAUCUAGAAACUGUCAUUACCCUAUUUGGAUCUGUUCCAGGAUUUUAUUUUUUAUUAGGGACUCCAUAUGUGAAGGCAGCAAUUAUCCAGAUCAUUAGUAUAUAUAUUGUUAUUUUAGCCGCUGUAUUGCCAACUUCAAUACCUUCAGCUAUUCCAGUGAGUUUUGGGAAGAGAUGUCUGGCAGUUGGUUAUGGUGGUACCAUUGCAUUAAUCGUGCAAGUCAUCAUCUUUCCCAUCAAAGCGAGGGAUCAAUUAAAUGAAGAAAUAUCUUUUGUUUGUGGUUGUAUCUCAGAAAUGGUAUCACUGUAUGCAUCAGGACUUGAAGGUGAACAAAUUGAAGAAGCCUUGACAGAAUCGACCUAUAAAAAAAUAGUAUUUGUGUCAAAAUCGGCUAAAGAGGCCCUUGAUCGUGCUCAAGCUUAUAAUGGUUUGACAAGGCAGGAACCUAGAUUGAAGGGAGAGUUCACAGAACUUGAAAAAAUCUUUAAUCAAGUUAUAUUUAUUCAAAGGCAAAUUAUUGAAAGAUUAGAUACAGCAUCACUUUUAAGGAAGACCUAUGGUAGCGCAAUUAUUGAAGAGUUGAAUAAUGUAAUGUAUCCUUACAGACGUCAAAUGAUUGGUAGUAUUACUUCAUUGAUGAGAGAAAUGCAGGAGGCAUUUAUUAACAAAACUCCGCUUCCUCAAUUUUCCCCAAGUGCAAGAAUUGCUCAUAGGAGACUGGUCAAUAAAGUAAGAUCAACAUUAGAAAUAAGAUACCCAAGUAAACCAAACUCACAAGCAAUUUCUAGAUUUAAUUCAAGACAUGGGGUACCAAUGGGUAUGACACCAGCGGCAUUACCAGAAGGGAAUGAAAGUGAAGAUUCAGAUAAAGAGGAAGAAUUUAUGAUCAAGGCAUCGAAAAGGGUACCAUUUAGAAAUGUAAAAUAUAAUAACGAUAAUGAACCUUCACUCCAAAUGAAUAUUAUUGAUCAAGGAGAAGUUGAACAGCAAGAAUUUUUACUACGAGAGAAAUUUUUAGCUUGGAAUGCGUCUAGUGCGGCACUAGAAGAAAUUAUUGAGUAUAUUGAGGAACUGUUAAGUCUAACUAAAAUUUUGGUUGGUGUAAACGAAUUUAAAUAUGGCUUUCUAUCUCGUCCUUUGUAUGAGGACUGGACUGCAGAAGCUAUUACAGGAUUUGAUAAAUUUGUUAAUGGGAUCAAGGAACCUGAAUUCAACGUCAAUAUGAGAAAUGUAGCUUCGUCACAUAGUAGCGCUUCUAUCGCACCUGAUGAGGUUGUUGAUAUAGAGUCUUCCCAUCACGAUAUGACUAGUUCGUUAAGUAGUAAUAGUGAUGUAAGGUCAUCAAUCGAUUCUAUCCAAGGUCCGGUUGCGUUUAAUGGUGAAGGCACAAGACAAUACAGACGUCCUUCGGUAAAUCUUGCCAAGAUUGCGUCUCAUAAAAUUAAUCAAGGUGAAACUGUACCAAAUAACUUCAGAGGAAGAUUGAAUUCAUGGGCAUCUGGAAACUUCUUCCAGGAUGAAUUAUCAACAAUCAAUCGUCAACAAACACUUGGAGAUGCCAAUCCGGUAUUUGAUCCAGAAGAAGAGGAGGAAGAUUUUGACGAGGAUCUCCCAUUGGCUCUAAAAAUGGUUGUAAGUCAUAUGAAAAAGAGAACAUGA